UUUUUACGUAACAAACGGGUGUAGUAGACCUGUAUGUUGCCAAGUCUCUGCUGGCACAUAAGCUAGACACGUUGUAGGUUAUAGCAAUGGCUAAACACAUUUUAAAAAUAUAUUUAUAAUAACCGGAACACAUUGUAUGCCGAUCAUCUAUCCUACAAUGUCGGUCCAACACCCCGAAGGAAAGGACGCUGUCGAAGAAAGAAAAAGAUUCUUCAUUGAGCCAGAAUACGACUGGGACGAGGAGCAGGACAAUGUCGACAACCACAUACUUAUUUUACAAAAAGCCGAUGCACUGGCAUCAGAAAACCGUCUCAAAGAAGCCAUCUAUGUUUACUCGAUGGCCUUGAGAGAUGGUUCUGUAGGGCCGGAGCAGAUGAGCACUUUAGUGGAUUGUAUUCUGCGCAACUUUAAGAGAAAGCUGGAAAUUGAUGAGGCGCCUUCGGAACGAACGCCACAUAUUAUUGAUAACGCCGGGGAGGAGGACGUUUUUGACUGCCCGAAAUGUCAUAGAUUUCUAGGCGAGCCCGUGACUAUCGGCUGUGGACAUUCGUACUGUAAAAGAUGUUUACAACACCAGCUACUCUCCAAAUGCAAGCUGUGUAGCGAGGUAGGAGGCAGGCCGACGGAGCUUAAAACGAAUGUGAUUCUAUUCGGACUGUUGGAAAAGUGGUUUCCCGAGGAGCUGAAAAGGUCUCGAGCUAUUAGUGAAAUUGAAGACUUGUCUAGAAGGAAACAUUUCGAGGAGGCCGUAUCACUAGCAACAGAUGUGAUUGAAUCUGAUCCUGGGGAUGAGGCGGUGCGGUGGUCACGGGUCAAGGCCUACACCGGGCUCCUGCAGUACCGAUUGGCCCUGGAGGACGCUGAACUCUGUCUUAGCUCCACCCACUCUGCAGAGGGUUUCUACUGGAAGGCCAAGGUGCUCCAGGACAUGGGCCAGGUUGACGACUCGUUGCAGGUUUUCCUCCACUGUCUGGCCCUGGACGAGGACUUCACCCUGGCCAAACGAGAGGUGGAAAAUAUACUGUGCAACCUGCUGUCUCCGGCCGGCGAGAACGUGAAGGUGGGUCUGAGGGAGACGGCGCAGAGCACAUCUCCUCGCCUGCGUAGUAAGAUUUCGGUAGCGGAUGCCGAGGCCAGAGCCCAACAGCAUCAGGCCGAAGCCAAACACUCUGCCCUGCACCAAGUCCAGGCUCGCACCUCCUCGGCACACCCUAGCAACGACUCACAGCACGAGAAGCCGGGUCGCUCAGGGAGCCUGGAGCGUUCGGGCCUCGGCCGCGCUCACUCGAUGCGAGCCCACGGCCCGGGGCCGGGCGGCGUGGAUGAGGGUCUUAAACGCGUCUGCUCCGCACCCCAGCUGGGGGACCAGGAGAAAGGCGUGCUGCUGAAGCGGAAGCUGACGUUCUCCGAGGGUGGACCCCACGUCGUCUACAGCCACGGGAGCAAGCAAAAGAAACAAGGAGUUGCCUGUGGUGCGUCGAGCCAGGGAGCCUCAGCCCGAGCUCACAGAGUCGUACCCAGAGACCUACUGGACCCCAACGACUUGGAGUGUUCCCUCUGCUUUAGAUUGUUCUACGAGCCAGUGACCGCGCCGUGCGGUCACACCUUCUGUAAAAACUGUCUGGAGCGCUGUCUGGACCACACUCCACAGUGUCCUCUCUGCAAGGAGAGUCUCAAAGAGUAUCUGGCAGCCAGGAAGUACACAGUCACCAGUGUGCUGGACCGAGUGAUAAAGCAGUACCUGUCUAAGGAGCAGUCGGAACGGCAGAAGACUCACCUGGAGGAGACCCAAGAGCUUGCAGACCUGAUGAAGAAGGUGCCCAUCUUUGUGUGCACCAUGGCCUACCCGACCGUGCCGUGUCCCCUGCACGUCUUCGAACCGCGCUACCGUCUCAUGAUCCGCCGCUGCAUGGAGGCCGGCACGCGCCAGUUUGGGAUGUGCAUCAACGACGCUCAGAAAGGUUUUGUGGACUACGGCUGUAUGCUGAUCAUCCGGAGUGUCCACUUCCUCCCAGACGGGCGUUCCGUGGUGGACACCGUCGGAGGGAAGAGGUUCCGGGUGCUGACCCGCGGGAUGAUGGACGGGUACUGCAUCGCCGACAUCAAGUACCUGGAGGAUACCAGGGUGAGCGACAGCGAGGAGUUGACACAGCUGCAGCAGCUGCACGACGCCGUUUACGAACAAGCGCACACCUGGUUCCAGAACCUCAACAACCGCUUCAGCCACCAGAUCCUUCAGCACUUCGGCGCCAUGCCCGAGAGAGAGCCCGACAUCCAGGCGACUCCCAACGGUCCGGCUUGCUGCUGGUGGCUGCUGGCCGUGCUGCCCAUCGACCCUCGCUACCAGCUGUCGGUGCUUUCCAUGACCACGCUGCGCGAACGCCUGGUCAAGAUCCAGCACAUCCUCUCCUACCUGCAGAGCAUCCCCAACGAGUAGAAGAGUAGAGCUCCACCCGACCACAACUACUUCGGACAUCCUGGUUCCGACACCAUGUACCUCCAUAUCAGAUCAAACAACCGAAUCCUAGGUCUCCAUGCAUCGGAAUUCGCUCUUCAGUACUGCUGAGGCGGCGUCUGCCACAAGGCAUCCAUGAGACGUCAAUGAGACUUCUCCCUGAGAAGGCAGAAUCACACAGCACUUCUGAGACACCAGCAAGAUCCCAGUCACAUAAGCAGUUAGCUUUAGCAGCACCACAACUACCACACACCAGCUAGCUACAUCGAAGAGAAGCCACAGACUGCUGAGGUGAUCGGCCAAAUUCUAAGAACUGGUCCUCCUCUCUCUCGCUGUCUCUGUCUGUCUGUCUGUGAGAUGUUGGUGAAAACAAAAAAAAAGUCCUUUCUGUCUAUACUCAACAGUGGCACCAGCCACCUUCAACACCUGCUACUGUCAGCUUGGUUACCAGAGAGAGAAAGAAAGGGAGAGAGAGAUUGGUGAAGAGAUGUCUCCAUUGUCUUGUCUGCUCAAGACUACCCAUGCAGCCUCGCUGUCUCGAUUCGGCCACUGUUGAUGGUAGAAGGGAGUGUGUAUGUGUGUGUGUUUGUUUCUAUGGGUGGGCCGUGCUUCUGUGCAAAUCCCAAAUGCUGAAAUUGAGUCAGACAGAGAGAGGGGGUUGGGUGGAUGAAUUGUAGAAGGUUGGUGGUAACAAAUGGAGGGAGGGGGUUACUAGAAUUGCUUGUGUACUACAAAGCCCAACCAGUGGGAUGGUGCAGCCUUCCAAAAACAAAAAAGUGUGAAUCUUACUCUUCUGAGCAGUAAGGCCCUCUGUCACUUCACUGUCUACUAAAUGCACAUCUUCCUUCACCGCUGCCACCGAGCAGCAGUGGACCCUGGUGAAAAAGAGAGCUUCCCCCUUUUUUAUUACUAAUGUCUCCAAGUUUGUACUUUUUCAUCCAUGUUUUGUUUUCUUCCAAGACUUCAGAAAGAAAACCCUUUUGGCAGCCAUUUUGUCCGGUCUGUAGUAUAGCUACAGAUGUGGGACUGUGGUCUCGCAACGCUCCCAACCUCUGUUCUCUUAACUGUUUUUUUUUAUUCGCUGAAAACGAGGCAUAACUCCCCAAAAAAUCAAGACUUCCAAUAAUACGUUACUCUGUGGUUUUGUUGUCGUUUCUCAGUGGAUAACGGAACCUCUUGAAUCCCGACAGCUUAGUCUUUGAUUUUGCGUUAGGGAUGUUUCCCAUUCCGAGUUAUCGAUUCUUGAGAAACCUCAAAGUCAUCCAUGUGACUCGAGUGUUGUAUUUCCUGUCUCUCUCAAAAGUUCCAACUUCCUGUUUAAGAAGUAAUGAAGUAAUUUUUAAGGACAGAUAUUUAAAUAUAUAUUUUGACAGUAUGUUUGUAUGUACAAAAUCACAAAAGGGGAACCUGCAAUAUUUUGACGCAGUAAAAAGGAGAAAGAAACAACACUAUACAAUUUUCUGUGUUCCGCACUGCAAGGGUUAAAGGUCACCCUGUUGUCAAGUAAAAAGCAGUCGCCUGCCUUUUUUCGGGAAAAAGGACUAAUAUAGGUGAAUAUAUCUAUGGUCGAAUUUCGCAGACAAAUUUUUGCCUUAUACCAUUUUUAGCAUUUUGCUUUGAAUGGCACAGUGUGACGCCUUGGUUAGCAUUCCUUUUGCCGUACUAGUAAUUAUGAUAUUUGUAUUAAUUAUUUGUCUUUUCUUCUGCCGCCUCAUGGCCCGAAUCGUUCACGGUGUGUAUAAUGUAUGUCAAGUCGCGGCUUUGUUUUGUUUUAAAUCAUUUUGUUUUUGGACAGAUCAUGUUUUUUCUUUCUUUCUCGAAUGUUUUAAGUUAUCAAUUUUCAACAAUAAAUUAACUUGUUUUUUUCAA